UUCCAGGAAACUUGAUGGUAAUUUUCGUGGUGACGUUCUCCCGUCGAUUGCGCAGCAUCACAAAUUUCUUUCUGGCAAACCUGGCGGUGGCGGACUUUUGCGUUGGCAUAUUUUGCGUCUAUCAAACGCUCACCAACUACUUGAUGAAUAGCUGGCAGCUGGGCGAUUUUCUCUGCAAGGUGUACAUGUUCGUGCACGCGCUCUCGUACACCGCCAGUAUACUAAUCCUUGUAGUAGUGUGUACUGAACGUUACCUGGCCAUUGUUCAUCCCAUCAAGUGUCGGUCGAUGCUGACCAGGAAACGCCUCAGGAUAGUGAUCGGUAUAGUAUGGAUCCUGGCGGCCGUGUACGCGUCGCCCAGAUUUUUCUACGUUGAGACCAUCAGCAAUCGUCUCAACAACGGCGACGUCGACAUCAUCUGCAUAGCCAAUAUCAAGAAGCACAAUAAUAACGUUCUGGACGUGGUGAAUCUCGUUUUCCUCUACCUCCUACCGCUCUUCCUCAUGUGCUGCCUCUACACCAGGAUCGCCAUAGGCCUCUGGAGGAGCAGCGUAACCCUCGGAGGACCCGGUCUGGUCGCCAAGACCAAAAAUGGUAGAGUACACCAUCACGUGCACACGUCCAGUAUGUCCAAAAACGUACUGAAGGCGCGACGCGGCGUUAUCAGAAUGUUGAUCGCAGUGGUGAUGAUGUUCGCCGUGUGCAACCUGCCUCAGCAGGCGCGCAUUCUCUGGCGACACUGGGGCUCGAGCUACGAUCACACGUCGGACUUCAGCACUCUGCUGACCGUGUCGACUUUCCUCAUCUCGUACAUGAACUCCUGCCUGAAUCCGUUGCUGUACGCCUUCCUGUCGCGCAACUUUCGCAAGGGUAUGCGCGAGUUGCUGCACUGUAGGGGGACGAGGAACGACGGCGGUGCCUUGGCGAUGUGCGCCAGCGGCGACCACAACCGUCACGAGAACGGCGUCAGCACCCAUCUGCCUCAGAGCUCGGUCAUCCGACUGAAUUCCAUUCAGAAUAGUCUUUCCACCACCCGGCCAAUUAUCACUCGGCAGAACACUUAUGCCAGGCGAACUUAAUGAAUUAUUACCGUCGUCCGUGCGACGAGUGUAAAUCGCGAAGCGAUUCUUUACAGGGUAUUCCAGGACGCGAGCUACCAGAAUCCCUCUCGGGGAGGUGCGCGAGCGCCUGCGGAAUCUUUUUCUAUUUUGACUCGUAGUUUAUAUUAAUGAGUACGUGAACGAAGCGUCGCGUGUCGCGUUGCUACAAGGACACCUACGUGUCGCGAGACUGUGAAUUCGAAUUAGCCGAGGAGUUUGCUGCAGAUAUUAGAGAAAACGAAGUUUGGAGCAUUCUGUAUAACUCAAACGAGGUGAACGUUCUAUAGUGAUAAACUGUUCUCUUUCCAGCUCUUGUUGUACCCGGUAUAAUUAAGGAGUUUAUUUUCGAAGUACCCCAAUAUCUCAAAAUAAAUUUCAGAAUCUUGAUUACAAAAAAUAGACUUCUUAGAAAAUUCAGAUCUGACUCACUUUGAAAAUCAGCUCUUCGAUUUUCGAAUCGCUAACCGUAUUUCUCACAAUUUCUUACGCGUGACGUUAUAAUUUUACACAAUCUCGAACUAUGCCGACCACUCACUCACGUUACUCAAUCGCAGGAAUUGCCACGUUUCGGGAACAAUAUACCUUGUUAGUGAUAGUUUUUAUUGUACAAGAGAAAGAAAGAGAGAAAGAGAGAGAGAGAGAGAGAGAGAGAGAGAGAGAGAGAGAGAGAAAGAUAGGGGACAAGUUUCGAUCGCGGUCAGAUGGUGUCAGUGGCAUGCAACUUAGUCAGGGUGUGUGCGACGCGUGUGUGAACGACAAAGCUGAGUACGGCGAGCUUAAUCGGAGCUUAUUCAGAGCAUAUUACGUACUCCCAUUUCCACUCCCAGUCUUUGUCCCCAGGCGCAUAAAUAAUACAGACUGAAACUAUUGUGGGUUUCGUACGCGCUCGGUUUAACGCAAGAAGAAACUACAUUAUACAAGUCACGGUCAAUAUCUGUACUUAUGAUUACGUCGCAUAUUGAAUUUUCCGAGCUCGAAUAUCGUAGAAUUUUUCAUAAAAUGUACAUUUUCUUUGUGUCUGUUAUUUAUUGCAUACGAGUGUCAUGUUGACAUAAAUUCUUUUUGCAAAAUUAUGCCUCAACUAUUUGGUAAUGUUUUUUAAGUUCCAAACGAGAGAUCUCGCAAUUGCUUCUCAUCACAAAAUUACUUUCUCCAUCACGAAGAAGCUCGCUCGAAUUACGCGCGUCAUUUAACAAAUUGGCAACAGUACUUACUGAGAGAUUCAUAUAUACUUGUCGAAAGUGCGUGGAAAGGGAGAAUCGAAUGGUAUGAAUGAAUAUCGUAAAUUAUUGAGGACUAAUUAUUACCAACUUAUAUUAAUCUUAAGUAAUUGACAAAUAAAAAGAAGAUCAUAAAAAACAAGUGGAAUUUUUUACACUGCAUUUA